AUGGCAAUAAACGCCAAGAUUCCUCGCGGUCCGCCGUCGCCGCCGGCGCCUGUGAUGCACUCUCCGACACGGAAGGUGACCGUCAAGGAGCAGCAGGACUGGAAGAUCCCUCCGUGCAUCUCAAACUGGAAAAACGCCAAGGGCUACACGAUCCCGCUGGACAAACGUCUGGCAGCCGACGGUCGUGGCCUCCAGCAGGUCCACAUCAACGAGAACUUUGCCAAGCUGGCUGAGUCGCUGUACAUCGCUGACAGAAAGUCCCGCGAGGCGGUCGAGAUGCGAGCCCAGCUCGAGAAGCGACUGGCGCAGAAGGAGAAGGAGCGUAAGGAGGAGAAUCUGCGCGAGCUCGCCAAGAAGGCCCGCGAGGAGCGCGCUGGUAUCCGCACGGCCACCGCCAAAGAAGAUGACGCGGUGCGCGACCGUGACGCGCUGCGUCAGGAUCGUCACAAGGAGCGCGCGCGUGAGCGCAACCUGGCGCGCACCGGCAACGACAAGCGCAGCCGCCAGGACCGGCAGCGUGAGCGAGACAUCUCCGAACAGAUCGCGCUCGGUCUGCCAGCCCGCCCCGGCGGCUCCGGGGAGACCCAGUUCGACCAGCGGCUCUUCAACCAGAGCCGUGGCAUGGACAGCGGGUUCAACGACGAGGACGCGUACAAUGUGUACGACAAGCCGUGGGGCCAGGGCGCCUCCAUGGCCUCCAAUGUGUACCGGCCGGGAAAGAAUGUCGAGAAGGAGGUGUUUGGUGAUGAUCUGGAGAGCCUGAUGAAGACCAACAGGUUCGCUCCUGAUAAGGGAUUCGAGGGCGCCGACCGGUCGGGCGGCGCGCCGCGCACGGGGCCCGUCCAGUUCGAGCGCCAGGAGGAGUUCGAUCCGUUCGGUAUCGACCAGUUCCUCUCCAAAGCCAAGCAGGCCAGCAAGCGGCCCGGCGACGAGCGCCGCGACGACAGGGACAAGCGGCGCAGACACUAACGGAAGAUGUACGGAUAUGGUGUCAGACGCGGGGACGGAGACUCGGCGGCUGGUGCACGAGCCGGCGCCGGCGGAGGGACUGUCCGCGGCGCCCGGUGACUGGAAGGAUCUCCGGCGCCCGGCGGCCGAUCCGGCCUACGACUGGCCGCAGAGGACGGUGGUCGCCGGUCAGUGGUCGCUGGUCAGUGGUCACCUGUUAGUGGUCACCGGUCUGUGGUCAAUUGUCAGUGACCAGGUCAGAUACGGCCGACCGUGGAACUGGCGGUGCGACUGCGUGCUGGCGUCAGGUUCGCCCGCAGUGUCGUGGAGAGCGGUGAGGGCGGCCAGGAGCUACUGCUGCCGACGCCCUGUGAGUGACCGCCGGUCUGGUGAACAGAGACGAAUGCUGCAUCGCACUGGGUGCGAUAGUGGCGCUGCCAGCGGCAGAAAAUGGAAUUGAGACCUCUGACGAAUAAGGAUGGAGGAACACCGCGUAACGUCGAGGUCCGUGAGAAGCAGAAGUUACCUGCUUCAAAUGGAUGCUCUUGUGUGAAUUCGCAUGUAUGGGUGCAUGAGUCUGUGGGAGGGAGUAUGUGUGUUCGAGUGUGUGUGAGUUGUAUGAGUUCGUCAUCGCUGUUUUUGAUAGUCGUAUAAUGUGGACCCAUUGGUGACUGACGUCUGUGAUCGGGUGCACGAUCGCAUAUGGAGGCUGCCGUGGUCCUCACGUACUACAUCGGAUGUCGUUUUGGUGACGUCAUCCACAGAGGUGCAGUUGUUUGGUGCCAAUCGGCGUCUGUACAAAGUCUGUUGUUGUCUUUGAUGUGUAUUCAUUUCAUCAAAAUUGGCCAUUUCUUAUUUUUGGACUCUGUUGUAAACCAUUUCAUAUUAUUGACUUAAAGAAGUGCCCAUCUAUUUCAAUUUUUUCCUAUCCCAUAAUAUAUAGUUUGAAAUGUUAGAAUGGUUCUACUGUUUCCGCUGUCUGUUUAUCUUUCCGACUCAAUUUUUCCCUUUUCUCCCCACCCCUAAAAAUUCGAGUCACGCCCGAACACAUUUGCAAACACAUUGGGUGCUCACUGCUCAGGGCUCAGCCGAGACGAGCGCACAACAAAACAUCCAGCCAUAAGUGAUAGGUCGAAAUUAACGAAAAGUCGUGGAACAAUCUUGGAAAUCGAAGUAGGCGUUUUGCAACCGUCGUUUCACUAUGAAUGCAUGUCAGUGUCUGUGGUAGAAGAAUGGACGCGACGAUGACUUGGCCUCAUUGUUUGCACCAUGUAUGCGUAUGCUCCUGUCUGAUUUGUCUUGCUCGGCUGCGAGCUGUGACGAGACUUUUCAUCAUAUGCCAAUAAACAGACUUCUUCAUC